AUUUACCUACAAUAACGCUGACUCCAAUUUUCAGUCACUGGCUUCCCUCUUCCCCAAAUAUACCCAAGACAAAAGAAGGGGCAUGAUUUAAUUUAAAUAAUAAUAAUUAUUAAAAAAAAUUAAACGGUUUGUGGAGACAGGGGUAGAGAGAAGAUGGGAUUGGGAAGAGGGGAAGAUAGAGAGGAGGAAAAGGAGGGAGUUAUGGCUACUGAUUUUUUCUGGUCAUAUACGGACGAGCCUCAUGCUUCUAGGAGACGUCAGAUCCUCUCUCAGUACCCUCAAAUUAAAGAGCUUUUUGGCCCUGACCCUUGGGCUCUUCUUAAGGUUACUGUUGUUGUUCUGCUUCAGCUUGGAACUGCUACUUUGCUCCGCAAUGCAGGCUGGUUGAAGAUCCUGGCAAUAUCCUACUUCUUUGGCUCUUUUCUCAACCACAAUCUUUUUUUAGCUAUCCACGAGUUGAGCCACAAUCUCGCCUUCUCUACUCCAGUCUACAACCGUUGGCUUGGAAUAUUUGCUAACCUUCCUAUUGGUGUACCAAUGUCUGUCACAUUCCAAAAGUAUCACCUUGAGCACCAUCGCUUUCAAGGAGUAGAUGGCAUUGACAUGGACAUUCCAAGCCUUACUGAAACCCGUCUUGUGACAAGUGUGGUUUCAAAAUCCAUAUGGGUGAUCUUUCAACUCUUCUUCUAUGCAUUGCGACCUCUGUUUCUCAACCCGAAGCCCCCUGGAUUUUGGGAAUUUAUUAACUUCACCAUUCAAAUUUCUCUUGACUUGGCCAUGGUUCAUUUCUGGGGCUGGAAAUCUUUGGCUUAUUUGAUCCUUUCUACAUUUGUUGGGGGUGGGAUGCACCCAAUGGCUGGUCACUUCAUCUCGGAACACUAUGUUUUCAAGCCUGACCAAGAAACUUAUUCUUACUAUGGCCCCAUGAAUCUUCUAACAUGGCAGGUGGGAUACCAUAAUGAGCACCAUGAUUUCCCAAGAAUUCCUGGACACAGGCUUCACAAGGUGAGGGAGAUUGCCCCAGAGCAUUAUGAAGGUUUGGCCUCAUAUAAGUCUUGGAGCCAGGUUAUCUAUAUGUAUAUUAUGGACAGAACAGUUGGACCUUUUAGCCGCAUGAAGAGAAAGUCACCAGCAAUGAAGAAAUGUGAAUAGGUGCCCUACCUUUACCUUUCGGCCUUUCUUAUUGUGCCCUCAGUUAAAGUGAGUUCAUUAUAUAUUUUCAAUGCUAUUGUUUGUAUCAUUCUUGAAGAAUCAUGAUUUUACAGUGUAGCACUAAACUGGCAAGAACUGAGUCAAGUUUUCUCGUGUAGUUUUACACAAUUCUUCAUGUUUGCUGGCUUUUGUAUCAGAAUUGUGGGAUACUACCAUUUUUAUUUUUUUCUCUCUGUGGGUCUAUAAUCAUCUUGUUCUUAACUUUUCUCUUGAUAUCAGCUCAGUUGUAACAAGGAGAUAAUGCAUGUUGAACAACAUUUCUUAUCAGAUUUUACUAAAAGGACAUUUCACUGCUGUAAA